CGCAUAAACUGGAGUAGAGCCAAGAAGGCCCGAGAUAAAAGAACUGGGAGAGGAUUUUAGUAAUUUAAAUAAAAAAUAUUUUUUAAGGCAAUGGAUUUGGUCGCUUAUUGGAGUUAUUCUUAUCAAAUCCUUCAGAUUAUUUGUUAUGUUAUUGUAAUCUUUUGUGGAUUUAAAAUGGUCCGCUUUGUGCAUAUUCAUUCAAGUUUAACUCAAAAAAUGAAAGAAUUGAAUAAACAAUUAAUUAAAACACUUAUAAUUUUGGCAAGCUUCCCAUUAAUUUUGAUGUCUACAAACACCUUCAUUAGCAGUGUUGCUCCACAUUUUAUAGAUUUAAACACUGAAAGUUUACUCUUUAUGUUUCAAGGUCUUUUAAGUCAUUGGUUACCACUAUUAAAUCCAUUGGCGAGCAUUUACACAAUGCGUCCGUACAGAGAAUUUUUAAUACAAAAAGUGUUCAAAAUUAAAACAAAAACUCAGAAAGUAACACCAGUAACUAUUUUGGUACAGCAAAAUUCAAAAUAUGGAAAUUCAAAAAUAUGA